AUGAGUUGCCUAGCAUGGAACUGUCGUGGACUUGGGAACCUACGUACAGGAAGAGAGCUCGUUGAUAUCAUACGGGCAAAAGAUCCCUCUGUCGUUUUUUUAGCCGAAACUCUGACAGACGAUGCAAGGCUAGAACUAGUUCAACGAAACAUUGAUUUUGACCAUAGAUGGGUGGUACCAAGAGAAGGCAGAAGCGGGGGAUUGGCUUUAUUUUGGAAGUCAAUAGUGAAUUUGAAGGUUGAAAGUUCACAUAGGUAUUUCAUUGAUGCAACCAUUGAUAAGGGUACGGAGGGAGAAUGGAGACUGAUUGGGUUUUAUGGUGAACCAGAGACUACUAGAAGAUGGGAAGCAUGGGAUAAACUUCGACAACUAAAUUCACAUCUGGGAGUUCCAUGGCUGUGUCUGGGUGAUUUCAAUGAGAUCACAAAACAAGAGGAAAAAGUAGGUGGAGCCAUUAGGCCGCACAAUCAGAUGCAACUAUUCCGUGAUGUGAUUGAUGAAUGCAGUUUCAUGGAUCUAGGUUAUGUGGGGCUGAAUUUUACUUGUAGUAAGCACUUUGCUAAUGGUAAUUCAAUUUGGGAAAGGCUUGAUAGGGGUCUAGCUACAAAUGGGUGGUUCUUAAAAUUUCCAGGUUCGAAGGUCUAUCACUUACAGUGUGAUUCUUCGGAUCAUAGACUGCUACUUGUUGUCUUUGCUCCAUUAGAUCUGCCUCAACGAAAGAGACCCUUCAGAUUCGAAGAAAUGUGGUUAUCAAACUCAGGCUAUGGGGAAACAGUGCAAGCCGCUUAG